AUGUCUAAUCGCAAUUUUCGUCAAAUUUACUUCUACGAGUUCAAAUUGGGCCGGACUGCCGCUCAAACCGCUCGAAAUAUCAACGAAGUAUGGGGCCGGGGAAGUAUCAACGAAUGCACAGUACAAUGUUGGUUCCAAAAGUUUCGUGCCGGCAACAUCAGCCUCGAAGGCGAACACCUCGAAGACGACUUAUUGAAGGCGAUAGUCGAAGCUAAUCACAUGGAACAGCCGUCCCCAAAAGCCCACACCCCAAAGCCAAAACCACCAAUACUUGAUUAUGGUUACGGUUUAGUGGUCUGCAGCGGGUAUGGUCCACUAUACCUUUCUGAACCCGGGUGA